AUGGCGGCGCGAGGCGCGGGCCCGUGGCUGCUGCUGGCGGCGGUGCUGUGCGCGGCAGCGGAGCCUCGCUGCCCGUCGUGUGCGGCGGGCGCGGAGCGACGGCUGCUGGAGGAGGCGGCCAAGCGGCAGCUGCUGGAGAAGCUGCGGCUCCGCGAGCGGCCGAGGCUCGCCCACGCCGUGCCCCGCGCCGCCGUGGCCCGCGCCCUGCGGCGGCUGCAGACGGGCGGUGCCCGCCGGGGCCCCGACGACGAGGAGCAGGACUACGAGAUCAUCAGCUUUGCCGAGCCAGAGCCCACGUCUCCCUCUGGCUUGGGGUUGCAGUUCCAGUUCAGCCGUACACAAGACCAGGACGUUCACAUCCUCCAGGCUCAGCUUUGGCUCUACCUUCGAGUUCCCCGAGACCUGGUAGCCAGCCUCACCCUGAGAAUCUUCCUUGCUGGUGGGGAAGGUGAUUUGGUGGGGGGCAAUCGCACGUUGUUGAGUGAGAGGCGACUGAGCGCUAAGGGCAGCGGCUGGCGUGCCUUCACCCUCAUGCCUGCCCUGCAGAUUUUUUUUGGGGGAGAGCGCAGGACCCUGCGGCUGGAACUGGAAAGCCACGGGGAGGGAGGUGAUAUCAUGGCAAUAGUCAAUGCCAGCUGGUCCCACCAGCCCUUCUUGGUGGCCAAGGCAAAGGUGCGGGAGCCAGGACACCACGUCGCCAAGCGCAGCCUCCGCUGCAGCCAGAACUCCAACCUCUGCUGCCGCAAGGACUACUAUGUGGAUUUCCGUGACAUCGGCUGGAACGACUGGAUCAUUAAGCCUGAGGGCUACCAGAUAAACUACUGUGUGGGCCAGUGCCCUCUACAUGUGGCAGGCAGCCCUGGGAUGGCCUCUUCUUUCCACACAGCUGUCUUUAAUCUCGUCAAAGCUAACAACAUCCAGGCAUCAGGGCACUCUUGCUGUGUGCCCACGCGACGCCGGCCACUCUCUGUCCUCUACUUUGAUCGCAAUAGCAACAUUGUCAAGACUGACAUCCCUGACAUGAUUGUUGAUGCCUGUGGCUGUAGCUAGGGUUGGGGGAGCUGUGCUGGGUACCCCCCUUCUCCAGAACUGUCU